GAGCGACCUUCACAAUCAUUUCUGUUUCCGUGGCGGAAAGCUUCGUCGUUCUUUUCUUCCUAUACAAACACCAGCAAAAUGGGUACCAGAAAGAAGGAGGCGAACCUUCGGGCUCGCAAGGGCACAAGCUCCGAUGGCAUGGCCAACGUCCGCACCAAGGGCGAGAACUUCUACAGGACGGCCAAAAGAGUGAAGCAACUCAACGUCCUCAAAGAGGGCAAGGCUCAGCGCAACGCAGAUGGUGUCAUCACCAAGGCCGCGUCUUACCAGAGCAAGGAUGUGCCGACAGCCGUUAUUGAGCCCAACCGAAAAUGGUUCACAAACACUAGAGUCAUCAGCCAGGACACCCUGACAGCCUUCAGGGAAGCUGUAGCUGAGACGGAGAAGGAUCCUUACAAAGUCCUGUUGAAGAGCAACAAGCUUCCCAUGUCACUCAUCAGGGACGGCUCAGAAGUGAAUGGAAUCAAGAAACAUCAAGCAAAGAUGACCCUUGAGACGACGCCAUUUUCAACCACGUUUGGUCCCAAGGCGCAGCGCAAGAGGGUCAAACUUUCAGUAAACUCUAUCAACGACCUGGCAGAGGAUACCGACAAGAGCUUAGAUACCUACAAAGAGAGGCAAGAUCAAAUCAGACUCCUCAGUGGCGCAUCCGGCACGCCUGGGGAUGAUGAAGACGACGCUUCGGUUCCCAUCGCCAAGGAAGCCGUCUUCACCAAGGGGCAGUCUAAGCGUAUCUGGAACGAGCUGUAUCGUACAAUCGACAGCUCAGACGUCAUAAUACACGUUCUCGACGCCAGGGAUCCCCUCGGGACGAGGUGUCGAGCAGUGGAGGAGUAUCUGAGGAAGGAGAAGCCACAUGUGAAGCUCAUUAUGGUGUUGAACAAAGUGGAUCUCCUUCCCACAUCAGUCGUUGCUUCAUGGAUCCGAGUUCUCUCCAAAGAGUACCCCACGGCAGCAUUCAGGAGCUCCAUCACGAAUCCUUUCGGCAAAGGCUCACUGCUCGGGCUUCUCAGGCAGUUCUCGGGCUUGUUGUCAAACAGAAAACAAGUUUCCGUCGGUAUCAUUGGGUAUCCUAACACGGGCAAGAGCAGUCUGAUCAACGCAUUGCGUGGCAAGAAGGUGGCCACCGUAGCACCGAUCCCUGGAGAGACCAAGGUGUGGCAGUACAUCACUCUCACGAAGAGGAUGUACCUCAUCGAUUGCCCUGGAAUCGUGCCCCCCAGCAACGAUGCCUCGCCACAGGACCUCCUUCUUCGUGGCGCCGUCAGGACCGAAAAGGUCGAGAACCCAGAGCAAUACAUACCUGCGGUGCUCGCCAAGACGAAGUUGCGACACAUGGAGCGCACAUAUGAUCUUUCCGGCUGGAAAGAUCACAUCCACUUCCUUGAGCUUUUGGCUCGCAAGGGCGGUCGGCUCCUCAAAGCAGGCGAGCCUGACGUGGAUGGUGUUGCACGCAUGGUGUUGAAUGACUUUUUGAGAGGAAAAAUUCCUUGGUUCACACCACCGCCUGCACUGGAGGGCGAUGCUGAGGGUGUUGAUGGUCGGGAGGGCCGACUUGGCGAGAUGCCUUUGAAACGAAAGCGCGACGACGCCGAGAGCGUUGCCGACACGUCUAUGGGUGCCCCGAGCCCAACAUCAGACGAUUCGGAAGACGAUGAAGUGUCGGGCGAUGAUGAGUUCGAAGGAUUUGGAUCCGACAGCGCCCCAGAUGCGACACCUUCAGAAUCCGAGAAGGCUUCUGUGGCCGAACAGUACAUACAACUAGAGGCUUCUAGCGAGGACGACAGUGAUGAUGACGCCGCUGAAGACGGCGGUGUAGCCAUCACUGGUGUUGGAGGCGGCGACGAUGAUGCAGAGCCACCAAAAUCCCUUUCUAGUCGCAAUUCGAAGCCAAGUCGGCAGCAAAGAAAGGUGAGGUAAGCUGUCGAUGCGGAUUUCAAACCCAAGUAUCAAACGCCGCAGGAGCAUGUCCCAUCGUGAUUUUCACCCGGUCCGAGACUGAAGUGAGAAGGAGAUGUUUGAACCAGUGCCUAUGUACUUCACAACCUGAAAGGGCCUCCACAAGCUGGUGAAAGCUCGUGUCGUAUCCACGGUCACGUUUGCUGUGCCAUUGUCCGAUGAGGGCAUGUUUUGGCCUUCAAACCCGAUGGAGAACCCUUCUUCUGGGUCAGCUAUCAUCAUCCAUUCCUGCGGAUCACUGUAUGUGACUCUUUUCUUGAUUGAAGAUGUGGACCGAGCAUCAUUAGGCCAUAAGCUUUCCCACCAAUCUUUCUGGGAAUUUAUCGAAUAGCAUGACCACGAGCAUGAGUAUGAAAUCAAUACGAGAUACCCACCAGGAAGCCAUUUUCCUGAGAUCACUUCAUGGCCUCGGCGCAAACGAGCAGAUACCCAUGUACCUCUAGGCAAGGCAGGACGCAUCAACACGGUUCUGAAUGUUGACUGACAACUUUUUUCGAGCCGUGGAAAAAUGGGGGUGCUGGGUACAACAUACCAAAUAGAACAUGGCAUUUCAUGACCCAAGUGGACAGGCUUUCGAUAUGGAUUGUAUAUGUCACUCGACAAGAAGCUACAUUCGUGAUUGGAUCCCGUUAAAUUGUCUCUGGGAACCUGUGCGAGAGUGAUGUACACAACAUCUGUACUUGAUCAAAUUUAGGCUUAAUAAUGCCGAGAAGGGAACUUGAAGCGAGUUCAUGUUUACUUCAAGUGUCCAUAUCCAGAGCUUAUCGUUUGGGGAUUGCGAAAUUGGCAUUAUUGACUACUGUAUUAAUAACGUACGCAUACUAAAAC